UUAGGACGUUUUUUAAAAAAUCUUUUUAGCAAACAAUCAAUCUAGUAGGCUAUAAUUAGUAUAUCUAUUGACUUUUAAAUGAGUUUUAAUUGUUCAAAGCAUCAGAACAUAUUAUGGAGCGAAAAUUUGAAAUGGUUUCAAACGAACCCAACCCAUGUUGCAUGGCAUUACAGGCAAGGAUUGAUGCACUGGAAAAUGGAAUGGAAAAAGUUUGCAAGAAGCUGGACGAAAUGCAAAAAACAAAUGCAAAUAUGAAUGCUAAAGUAUUAGGCUUCAUGAACCAAUUAUCAAAAAAUAUGGUGGAGCCUAAGGUGGAGCUACCCAUAAUGGACGAAUUGAACCUUCAAUCAUUGGACAAUAAAAUUGGGGAGUCUCCCAAUAAUUACCUCCAACUAUUUAAGAGGAUGCUUAUUCCUGGAGGAAUUUCAAAAAAUCUCAAAAAAAAAAAAGCAUUCCAACGUACCAAAAGGAAGGAGUACAAAGCUACCUAUCGCUCCAAAAAAAGGAAAUUGGAGGAAGAUUAA